UUGGCGAACGACCGUUGUGUCGCUCGCUUUUACGUCAUCGAGGGACGUAUUUUCAUCUAUCUAUAUAUAUAUUAUAUAUACAUAUAUAUACAUUAUACAUAGAAGAAAAAUACGCCCAAAAAUAUGUCGAAACGUGAAGUGAAAAUUUUUUUACAAAAACAAAUUUCUCAAACGAAAAUAAUAGAUUACUUCAAAUAAAGAAGAAAUCGCUAUAAUGAUCACGAAAUCAUUUCGCGCGCAAUUUCAAUUUCGCGAGUAAAAAAAAAAUCAAGUGUAUUUAUUUUUCAAAAGAGUGGGGGAAAAAAAACCGUGGAGUUUUUGAUAGAAAAAAAAUGUUGCGCAACCGGUUUUGAGCCUUGGGGAUCCUCGGAAGAGGUACCAAAGGACUCUCACUACUGGACCAGUGAAAUACGUGCGUGAUUAUGGUGACAUAGCAACAUCUAUUAUUUUUUUUUUUUUUUAAUUAAUUAAUAAUAUAUUGGAUAAAAGUGAGUGAAUUUUUAUUUUUCUGUUAUGUGUGAAAGUGUGGUAAUAUUAAAAAAAAAUGCCGUUCGUGAUUCGCAAGAUAGAGCCUCGUUACGUGUGUCGAGGCCACGUGCCACAAGGUACAACAUCCAAGGAUUGGCCGGUAGGGGCCGAAUUGGAAGCUGUGGCAAAUGGAGCACUCACAUCGUCCCUAAAACAAUUGGCAUCACUAUUGACAGCGGCUGAGGAUAUAUUCGCUGAUUUAACAGCCGAAUUAACAGCCGUUGCCGAGAGAAGUGGUAAACUUCGACAAAGAUUGGACAAGGUCGAGGAACAUCUGAAUGCCACUGAUCCGAAGAAAAUUCCAGUUCCGGAAUCUGACAUUUGUUCAUUUGCUCUGAAGACGGAUCAUUUUCAAUCGACGAACAAACCUGUGACCUCGUUGUUUACAGCGGACACGAGGCCAAAAGCAUUGAAAGAAUUAUACGACGCCGCGGCAAUUGUUGCUGUACGAAGUUUGGAUUCUUUAAGAAGAGAUCAAGAUGGCAGUUCUAUGGAUAUGUUCCUCUGCACUCCUGUCCUUGGCAAAAGAAGGCGAGAUCGCAGUCUCGACAUUGAAUCAAGAGUCCCGGCCGCUAUCGAGGAUUUACGAAGAUGGACAUCGGCCGAAGCACUUGGGGACGUGACUGUCCCACCGGAUUGCAUGUCCAGGAUCUUAGGAGAUACAACCGAUGACAGUGCAGUCGAUCACAAGCUUCCUAGUCCGGAGGAACAGGUUCAGGCAAUAGCACUCAAAUUCCCAGCAGAAAUAGUGGCUGUAGAUGUGAGUGGCAGAGGAUUCUAUCGAAUGUCAAUGCGAAGACGAUCCUUGUUAUCUGGACCUGAAACACAAGAGACGGCCGUGAAAAGAAGGUCGCGUCCAAGGAGGCCUAGAGGCAAAAGACGAAACACGAUCGCUGGUACCGAUCAAAAAGAAAUUCGUCAAGCUAUUGAAGGUGAGACAACGACAGAUGAACCUGAAGAAUCAGUUGGACCAUCAUCAAGAACACAACGAUCUGCGAGUACCGAUAUUUUGGGAUCAUCAAAGAAAGAAUCGCCAACGGAGAAGAAAUCUCACUUUAAUACAUUAAAGGCAUGGGGAAUGUCAAGACUGAAGCUUAUAAGUCCGAAGAGUAGUCAGAGCGUGCAACAACUCGAACAACCGGAAGCCGAUGCUGGCUCAUCGAGCACCGACAGGACGAUCGAAGUCCAACCAAUAACACCGGAAGAGACUAAUAUCUACGAAACCGUGACGACCAGACGAAGAAAGGACAAGUCUCAUGAAAGAAAGCCAAGUUCGUCGAGUUCCAGUGGCAAAAGUACAUCCAGUAUUCCUGUUUCUGUGCCUUGUUCAGAUAAACAGCCAAGCGUCAAGUUAAGAGAAAGUGCCGCACAAAGGAGAGAAAGAAGAAAAGGAAGCGGUCGGGACGACGCUCCUCAUUCCAGUUCCGGUAACUGGAGCGCCUCCUCCGAAAGUGGAAGGGCCAGUAUUGGAAGCGAAACAACUACAACGACGCACCAACCCAGAUCGACGACAACUGCUUCCAUUGGCACUUCAUCAACAUCAUUGUGUCAUAUUCGAAGAUUCAAGGGUAGAGAUACAUCGGCCUCAUCCUCUGUGACUUCCGAAGGAACCCUCACACCGGACAUCAUUCAGGAUAUCACCGUUGUUCCAUUCUCAGACGAUGGGGAAACAUCUUCAGUUUAUUCAUGUGACACUGAAGGAUAUUACACAUCUUUUCACAUGGACUCUGGACUAAAAACACUGAGGGAGGAAGAAGUACUUCCCCAGAGUCCUCUCGUCAGGUCCGUUGACCUUGGAUCAGAUCCAACAUCUCCGGUUGUUGAAAAUGAAUACGAAUUAUUUGGAAGGGGAUCAACAUCAACGACAACAAGUUCAGCAGGAACUGUCUGUACAGCUCUCUUGGCCCCUCCACCUCCUGAACGAAAAUCAAGUUUGACAGUUGUUGCAAUGGUUCACGGUCAAAACAAACAAGGUGGUGAAUCACCAGACAGUGGUCAUAACACAUCAUCAUCGCCAGUGGAAUCAGCAUCGAGUCCAGCCUGCACCGGCAGAUCAUACUCCGAAUUUGAAUAUUCCGAAUCAAGCGAUUUGGAAGGAUGCGAUCGAAUCGAGAGGAUUCGAUCAAAGACAGCAAUUAACACGAGUCGAAUUCCAUCAAUGUGUGUCAUCACACCACCAGGAUCGGACGAUGAACACGCGAAAGACCGUGACAAGAAUAAACAAGAAAAUAAAGAAAGUGCUGGUUCAGUGUUAAUGUCGGCGACAGUCGGUACAUCAAAAAUGGAAGUAAUUAACGGACAGGAUAAGAAUCUUUACGCAACUGUGCAAACAGUCCUACCAUCGCCUGAAGAAAAACAACCAUUACAGUCUUCGACAAAGGUCAGUCCUCUCAGUGGAGUACUUGGAAAACUUCGCGGUGUACUACAGGCAGGCAAGAAGCAACAAAAGACAACUAUUCAGGAAUUAAUAAAUCCAGACUCCGGCGACUAUGUUACCAUAGCCGACGUGAGAAACAAUAAUGACAAGCAUCAGGAUUCCACUCUGACGAUUCGUUCACCAGUGACAUACGCGAAUGCUGAUCUCUUCAAAAAAGACGCGGAAUACGUAAGCCUCAGUGAAUUGCCAAAGAAACCAGAUUCAUCCCUGGAGAGAAAACGACAAGGCGCUAGAGUGACAUUGGAUUCAGAAGGAAAGGUCGUCUACUCGUCGGACAGUUUAAGACGAAGAAAGGGAGCACACACUACUUUUAAUCCAGGUCCAUUUGUGAAAGAAGGAGCUUCGCCUAGUCCAUCACCUUUACUUCAUCGUGCUCAAAUAAACGUAAGAGCUGUCACAAAAACAAUGGAUUUCAUUGAUGGUAAUACAAAAUCAUCAUCACCACCAACAUCGCCACAAUUGGGAAAAAUGAUCAUACGAGCAGCAAAAAGUCCAGAGAGAGCAACGAGUCCCGAUUAUGUGCGAACACCAACAACAGUCGUCAGUCCCACCUGUCUCAGCAGUCCCUAUAAACAAGUUCGCGGCGCUUACGUCAACGUUCAAGGUGACGAAGAAAAUCCUUUGCUUUCAAUUACCGGGGAAACAAUUCCAGGACAAGUGAUAAUUCCACAACCGCCACCGUACAUUGGUCCACCGAGACCACAUGACCUAAGAAAAACUCAAAGUUACGAAGAUUUUGGAAAUGAUUCUAAAUCUCAAGCAAUGUUCUACCCUAGGCAAUGUGAUAUGUAUGACAACCGAUCAAAUUAUUAUCAACAACAACAACCAUCACAAAUGGUGUAUCAUCAACAAACUUAUAUCGACGAUCCAAGAAAUUAUCAAAUCUAUGAGAAAAAUCCACAAUAUUUAGAUCAUCAAUCUCAUGUAUUUUCAAAUUACAAUGAAAAUCAAAAUCAAAGAAUGUACAUUCAACAAGUUGUUGAUGCUCAAAAUUCAAGAAAUCAACAAUUUUUCACACUUCCAAAUAGAAAAUCACAAAAAGAAAUUGAACCUCCUCGUAGUGUAACACCUGAUAUUACUCGAGGUUUGAGUCGAGGUCCCGUCAGUUCUAUGCAUAUGCUAGCUAGACAGAGUCAGAAACCAACACCGGAACAAAUAGGAUAUCAUAGACAACCGGAAUCUGACACCUACAUGGACCUAAGGAGGAGGCACAUGGAAUUAGAAGCUAGAAGCAAACUCUUUCAACAACAGCAACAACAUCGCAAUCCACCCGUGGACGUCAGAAACAGAUUCGCGCCAGCUCAAGGUUUAGCUUUUGGAUAUCGAUCAUUCGCAACAUCACCCGUACAACAAUUGGAGAAAAAAUAUCCCUCUGUUGAAAAUUUAAAACGCACUCCACUUUCACCUAUUGGUCCAGAAAAUAGUAAUGGAUUUCAAUCAUCAACACCAACUGGAAGAUCAACACCAACUGUUGCUGAACGUUUGGCUUUAACGACAAAAAGUCCUUCAGCAAGAAUUAUUAAUACAUCAGGUAAAAGUACACCAAUUCUGGGUUCUUCUUCAGGAAGAAAUACUCCCACGAAUAUUGUUCUUUCACCAACAAGAAGCACCAUGUCAAACGAGGAAUUAUUCACCGCCAUUCACAAAUCAAAAAAGAGAUUAAAUAUUAAAGACGAUAGUGAUAAUUUAUCUCCUACAGGAUCUAUGCAUUCACUUUUUACAAAUAACGCUGGCACAAGGCACAGCUGGAGUCCUGAGUCUCAAAAAACACCGGAAAUACCAGCAACCAUUCAAACGCCAUCAGCAACAUCCCGUCUCGAUUUCAAACGAUUGCUCCUUCAGCAAAGUAUAAAAAGUGGACCAAUGAGACUUUCAGCAGCCGAACAAUUGAAACUUUCUCGUCAACAGUGUCAAUUACAGCAGCAGCAGCAAUCACCACAAAAUCUUCCACCAUCGCCUCUCUCAAAAGUUCUCAGUCCUCGAUCGGCAUGGAGGUUCCAAACACCAAGAACCGACGUUCUUUCGUCGACAAUAAUUGAAGACACCGCAGCCGAAGAGAAGGCAAUGAAACCAUCUCCAGAGAAUACAAUCCAGCCUUCUGUAAAAUCCAAAAGACAAUUAGAUUUAUAUAGUAGUGUACAAACGGAAAGAAAAGAAUCUCAUAAUAAUGAUAAUAAUAGAAUAUCAACAAAAUUAUUAAAAGAAAUCAAUAAUACUAAUGAUAUGACAAAAAUACAACAUACAAACGAUGUGAAACAUAAUAUUAAUAUUAAUAAUAAUAAUAAAAAAACGCAACUGCCUCAAUUAACGACAAACUUAACCGGAAUCACGUAUCAAAGGGUGCCUCCUUUAUAUUCACAAAUUGAAACAAAAAUCAAGGAACAAGAGACAAUGAAUACAUAUUUAAAGUCUUCUUCAGUACAAAGUAGCGCGCAAGAUUCAAUCAGCGCAUUUGAGAAUCGUAGACUGAAUAACCAGUUGGCGAAAGCACAAUUUUUGGCCAGUGGCCCUCACAAUAGCCAAAAUCAAAAUUUCCUUUUUGAAAAACGAUUUCGAGCGCGAUCUGAAUCACCUCAACAUGCAAAAAUGCAAAAUGUUACUCGUAGUCCAAGUGCUCCAACCCUAGAGACUAGGACUACGACCUUCGUAUCGAGUGCACAUACGGAUUUCCAAAACAAAAUGACUAUUCUUUCUAAGAAGAAACCUAGUGGGACAAAGGACAGACGUGAAGGAGGUAAUGGGUCUGAGGUCGAUGUUCAUGGAGUACAAAACGAACAUGGAUCAGGCUCAAUUACUUUACCUAAUAGUCCUUAUCAGGUUCGUGGGGGUAGUGGAUUUGGAGUUGAUCUUCACUCGGUGCAGGGUGAACAUGGAUCUGGUCCAAUAGUUCUCACCAACACUUCUUAUGAGAGUACUGAUCGUCGAGAAGAAAAACACUUUGAGGAUGGCGGGGGUCCCAGUCAUGGUAAACGUCAUCGUCAACGAGCAAGUCCACAUAGCUCUUGCAUUAGCCGAAGUUCGCGAAAUAAACGUGAAAGAGAAAGGGACAGAGGACGUGAAAGAGAAAGGGAGAGAGAACGAGAGAGACAAGCAACGCCUCCCACAGCUUCUGGUAGUGGUUUGCAGGCAGGUAGCAAUAGUCGGAUGGAAGAGAAUCAUGAGAAUGAACUUUCAAAUGGUUACAAUAGCGGCGAUGAAUAUACAGGUCGCACAAAUCUUACAGCCGAUGAAUGGCAAGAGCGUGAUCGAUGGUUCGAGAAACGAAUGCGAAAAGUAGGAUUUAUUGUUAAAAAAAUGGGUGAGGAUGGUGCUUGUUUAUUCAGAGCUGUGUCCGAUCAAGUUUAUGGAGAUCAAGAAAUGCAUGGUGUUGUUAGAAAACAUUGCAUGGAUUAUAUCGCAGCAAAUCAAGAAUUCUUUUCUCACUUUGUAGCCGAAGAUUUCACCACAUAUGUAGAUAGAAAACGACAAGAAUACGUGCAUGGAAAUCACAUAGAAAUGCAAGCCAUGUCCGAAAUGUAUAAUAGAUCUGUGGAGCUUUUUUGUUAUAGUACAGAACCUAUCAACAUUUUUCAUGGAGUGCAUAAAACGGACAAUGAGCCAAUACGAUUGUCAUAUCAUCGAGUUAGUCACUACAAUAGUAUUGUUGAUCCAUAUAAAGCAACAGUUGGUGUUGGUCUUGGUUUACCAUCUUAUAAUCCUGGAUCUGCUGAUCGUGCUUUAGUAUCAGAUGCCGUCCGUCAAAGUGAGGACUUACAUAUCGAACAGACUAUGCUAGAGGAUAAAAUCAAAGCAACUGAUUGGGAAGCUACAAAUGAGGCAAUUGAAGAACAAGUGGCCAGGGAAAGUUACUUGCAAUGGUUACGCGAUAACGAAAUGAGAAAAGCACGAUCAGCUAGUAGUAGUAGCUCUAGUACGCUUACGGGUACUCAACAUAGCCAUGCUCUCUUUCAUUCGCAUGGCAGUCGCGCUCAACAACGAAGUCAUACUUCUUCUCCAACAGGAACUGCACCAACUGCAGAUUCUCUACGAAAUUCCCCAAAGGUUUCUGAUUCUGUACGUUAUACCAAAAGAUCUCCACAACAUCAAUCACCUCCAAAUGCAAGUAAACCUCUUCUUCCAACUGAAUUCGAGGUGAAUUCCGCGCCUCAAGAACCUGUGCCUGGCAGCAGCAAAGAGUCGCAAGCUUCACCCGAUAUUUCUGUUUUUAAUCGACUGCCUCCAGAAGUUUUCGGUCUGACCGACUGGGAAGAUAGUGAUAUUAUAUCACAGGUGUUGGCUACUUCUCAAGAGGAAUAUCUAGACAGCUUAAAGCAAUCUCGCCUAACUAGUAGUGCUAGUUCUGAAUCCAGUGAAAAAUUAGAUUCUAACAAUAGUUAAUUAUCAAGAAAACAGUCAUCAUUUUUAAAUAAUUUGGAGAGAUAAAAGAAAAAGAUAUAUAAAUAUAUGUGUAUAUAUAUGAAAAAAAUAUAUAUGUAUAUAUUUCUAUACUGCAAUAUCCUCUAAAGUAAAAAAAAAAUGUGAAGCAGAAGGUGGUUUGCCUUUCCUCAUUUAAAUAAAACUUAACGAGUUAACUCAACACGUAAUUUCACAGCAGUGUGCGUAUAUAUUAGUAAAAGAAAAUACGAAAUAUUGACCAAAAUCCAUAUUUUCAAAUUGUUUUUGUUUUUUUAUAUUCUUUUAUUAAUUAUAUUUUUUUUACUUUCAAAGAAACAAAAAAAGAAGAAAAAAACUUAUAAAAGUAAUCAAAUACUUUGUUUUCUUUUUAGUUUUAAUUUUUUUUCUUAUUUAUAUUGCAAAAGCUUGUAAGGCAAAUGCAUAAUAUAUUUUUUAUUUUUCAAUCGAAUUUUGCGAUUCUGAUUGCUGCUUUAUAAUAUUGUAGAGUAUACAAAUUAUCGAAAAAAUCUUUGUUUAUUUUGCAAAAGAAGAGUUUUAUUGACAUUUAGCCAGUUGAUAGCGAUAUCAUUGUGCACUAUUUAUUCUAUAAAUUUCAUUGUUCUUUUUCUAUUUUGGCUCUUCAUAUUUAGUUUCAAAUCAUAGAAAAUGGCUUCGAAAUAAAAAAAAAUUCGUUGCAUUAUUUGUAUUAAAUGAUUAAAUAAAAAACAAAAAAAAAAUAUAUAUAUAUAUAUUAACUUAAGCACAUAA